CCCAGUCCCCACCGCCUAAUCCCCCCCAAAGAUAAAAAAAAAAAAAAAAAAUCCCCGGAGAAAGUCGUAUAUAUAUUUCCCUCCAUUCCAUUCCGCUCGAUCCUCAUUUUCAAUCUGCUUUCCUUUUUCAUACGCCCGCCUCGUCGCCACCGCGCCAGCUCGAUUUCUAUUUCGAUUUCGAUUUCGAUUUCUAGGGUUUCUGCAACCUCGGCCCUCGGCGGACCACCCCGCAAUGUCCGGCGCCGGCGGACCCAACUGGGAAGGCCUCUUCAAAUGGAGCGUCGCCCACUCCGACGGGACUGGCUCCACCCGCAACCUGAGCGAGGAGGACCGGAGGUGGUUCAUGGAGGCCAUGCAGGCCCAGACCGUGGACGUGAUCAAGCGGAUGAAGGAGAUUAUGCUGGUGAUGCAGACGCCGGAGCAGGUGCUGGAGUCUCAAGGCGUUACUGCUGGUGAUAUCGAAGAUAUGUUGGAUGAGCUGCAGGAGCACGUCGAGUCUAUUGACAUGGCCAACGAUCUCCACUCAAUUGGCGGUUUACUUCCUCUUCUCAAUUACUUGAAGAAUUCACACGUGAAUAUUAGAGCAAAGGCUGCCGAUGUUGUCAUGACCAUAGUUCAGAACAAUCCUCGGAGUCAACAACUGGUCAUGGAAGCAAAUGGCUUAGAAUAUCUGCUUUCUAAUUUUACUUCAGAUUCUGAUGUGACAGUCCGUACCAAAGCACUUGGUGCUAUAUCCUCUCUGAUUCGUCACAAUAAACCCGGAAUCACUGCUUUUCGUCUAGCAAAUGGUUAUGCGGCAUUGAAAGAUGCUUUGAGUUCAGACAAUUUGAGAUUUCAAAGGAAAGCACUGAACCUGAUCCAUUACCUUCUGCAUGAGAAUGGCUCUGAUUGCAACAUUGUGAACGAGCUGGGAUUUCCGCGCAUCAUGAUGCAUCUCGCAGCCAGUGACGACGCAGAUGUACGAGAAGCUGCUCUUCGGGGCCUGCUUGAGCUUGCGCGAGACAAGGACGGGACCAGCAGCAGACUAGCUGAGGACGAUGAGAAGCUUAAACAGUUGCUCCAAGAUCGUAUCAAUGGCAUCAGCCUGAUGUCACCCGAUGAUCUUGGAGCUGCUAGAGAGGAGAGGCAACUGGUGGACUCUAUAUGGAAUGCCUGCUACAAUGAACCUUCGUCCCUACGUGAAAAGGGGCUCCUCGUUCUCCCUGGAGAGGAUGCACCGCCUCCUCCGCCUGAUGUUGCCAGUCGCCACUUUGAACCACCUCUGAGAGCGUGGGCGGCAGCUGAUGCUAAUAAAGGCUCUGAUGCUCAGAAGAGUAAACCCCCACUGCUAUUAGGACCUGGCCCUCCUCCCGAUGCAGCUCCGAGAGAAGAAAAUGCUGAUGCACGGAGGAAUCCAUAGGAGUCAGCGAGGUUAUUCUCUGGCUUCUCAUGGACGUGCUUUUUUAAAAUUGGCUAGGAAUAGAAAGAAUGUAAUUUGUACCUUUGUAGAUGUAGAAAUUCGUGGAUCCUGGGGAAUGAUGUCCCCCUCCACUUCAUAACAUAUAGGGCUCUCGUCUGUUUUUUUGGUUUCUGUCUCCUCCAUAAUCUCCAUUGUGUUCAUAGGCAGCAGAGGACGUAUCAAAUUAUGUUUCAGUAUUCAUGGUCUUGUUUUCUCCAGUCUGGAGUGGCCUUGUUUUUAUCC